ACAUCAUCAACGUGACCUGGUCUGACUCCACAUCCCAGACCAUCUACCGGAGGUACAGCAAGUUCUUUGACCUGCAGAUGCAGCUUUUGGAUAAGUUUCCCAUCGAAGGUGGCCAAAAGGACCCCAAGCAGAGAAUCAUCCCCUUCCUCCCAGGCAAGAUCCUCUUCCGGAGAAGCCACAUCCGGGAUGUAGCUGUGAAAAGGCUGAAGCCCAUUGACGAGUACUGCCGGGCACUUGUCCGGCUGCCUCCCCACAUUUCCCAGUGUGAUGAAGUCUUCCGGUUCUUUGAGGCCCGACCAGAGGAUGUCAACCCCCCCAAAGAGGACUAUGGCAGUUCCAAAAGGAAAUCAGUGUGGCUCUCCAGCUGGACUGAGUCUCCCAAGAAGGACGUGACAGGUGCCGACACCAACGCCGAGCCCAUGAUCCUGGAACAGUACGUGGUGGUGUCCAACUAUAAGAAGCAAGAGAACUCGGAGCUGAGCCUCCAGGCCGGGGAGGUGGUGGAUGUCAUUGAGAAGAACGAAAGCGGCUGGUGGUUCGUGAGCACCUCUGAGGAGCAGGGCUGGGUCCCUGCCACCUACCUGGAGGCCCAGAAUGGUACUCGGGAUGACUCAGACAUCAACACCUCCAAGACUGGGGAAGUGUCCAAGAGACGCAAGGCCCAUCUGCGGCGCCUGGAUCGUCGGUGGACCCUGGGCGGGAUGGUCAACAGGCAGCACAGCCGAGAGGAGAAGUAUGUCACGGUGCAGCCUUACACCAGCCAAAGCAAGGAUGAAAUUGGCUUUGAGAAGGGUGUCACUGUGGAGGUGAUCCGGAAGAAUCUGGAGGGCUGGUGGUACAUCAGAUACCUGGGCAAAGAGGGCUGGGCACCAGCAUCCUACCUGAAGAAAGCCAAGGAUGACCUGCCAGCACGAAAGAAGAAUCUGGCAGGCCCAGUGGAGAUCAUUGGAAACAUCAUGGAGAUAAGCAACCUGCUGAACAAGAAGACAUCAGGGGAUAAGGAGACUCCACCAACUGAAGGCGAGGGCCCUGAGGCCCCCAUCGCCAAGAAGGAGAUCAGCCUGCCCAUCCUUUGCAACGCCUCCAAUGGCAGUGCCCUGGGGGUCCCCGAGAGGACCGUCUCCAAGCUAGCCCAGGGUUCCCCAGCCGUGGCCAGGAUUGCCCCUCAGAGGGCUCAGAUCAGCUCCCCAAACCUAAGGACAAGGCCUCCACCUCGCAGAGAAUCUAGCCUGGGGUUCCAGCUGCCGAAGCCACCAGAGCCCCCUUCUGUUGAGGUGGAGUACUACACCAUUGCCGAAUUCCAGUCGUGCAUUUCUGACGGGAUCAGCUUCCGGGGUGGACAGAAGGCAGAGGUCAUCGAUAAGAACUCAGGCGGCUGGUGGUACGUGCAGAUCGGUGAGAAGGAGGGCUGGGCCCCCGCGUCGUACAUCGAUAAGCGCAAGAAGCCCAACCUGAGCCGCCGUACAAGCACACUGACCCGGCCCAAGGUUCCCCCACCGGCACCCCCCAGCAAGCCCAAGGAGGCCGAGGAAUGUCCGGCAGGCACUAACGAGAGCCAGGACUCCCCACUAAAGCUCAAGUACGAGGAGCCUGAGUAUGACAUCCCUGCCUUUGGCUUCGACUCAGAGGCGGAGCUGAGCGAGGAGCCCGCAGAGGACAGUGGCUCGGGGGACAGGCAGCCUGCCCAGCCCCACAGGCCCUCACCCGCCUCCUCACUGCAGCGGGCCCGCUUCAGGGUGGGCGGGUCUUCAGAGGAUGUGGCCCUAGAAGAGGAGACCAUCUACGAGAACGAGGGCUUCCGGCCAUGUGCAGAAGAUGCCCUGUCAGCCAGACGCUCCUCCCGGGACAGUGACUCCCCAGGGGGCUCCCCGCUGUCCCUUGCCAGGAAAAACUCCCCCAAAUUGGGCUCCCCCAAAUCGUCGUCACUCCUAAAGCUCAAGGUAGAGAAAAACGCCCAGGCAGAACUGGGGAAGAACCACUCCUCGGCCUCCUUUUCCUCAUCUAUCACCAUCAACACCACCUGCUCCUCCUCCUCCUCCUCCUCCUCCUUGUCCAAGAGCAGUGGUGACCUGAAGCCCCGUUCUGCCUCGGACGCAGGCAUCCGCGGCACUCCCAAGGUCGGGGUGAAGAAGGACGCUGACCUGAAGGCUGGGCUGACCUCCUGUGCCCGGGCCAAGCCAUCGGUCCGGCCCAAACCGUUCCUGAACCGAGCAGAGUCCCAGAGUCAAGAGAAGAUGGACAUCAGCACUUUACGGCGCCAGCUGAGACCAACAGGCCAACUCCGGGGUGGUCUCAAGGGCUCAAAGAGCGAGGAUUCGGAGCUGCCCCCCCAGACAGCCUUCGAGAGUCCCAAUGAGGGGUCUAGGAGAAGCUCGGCUGACCUCAUCACCCUCCCAGCCACCACGUCCCCGUGUCCCACCAAGAAGGGACGGGAAGGGCAGGCCACCACCUACACGACAUGUAGCGCCUACCAGAAGGUCCAGGACUCAGAAAUCAGCUUCCCCGCAGGCGUGGAGGUGCAGGUGCUUGAGAAGCUGGAAAGUGGCUGGUGGUACGUGAGGUUUGGGGAGCUGGAGGGCUGGGCCCCCUCCCACUAUUUGGUGCUCGGUGAGAACGAGCAACCUGACUCCUCUGGCAAAGAGCCGGACGCGGUAACUGCCAAGAACAAGCAGAAUGAGGGCAAGUCAGACAGCCUGGAAAAGAUCGAGAAGCGGGUCCAAGCACUGAACACCGUGAACCAGAACAAGAGGGCCACGCCGCCCAUCCCCUCCAAGCCUCCUGGGGGCUUCGGCAAGACCUCAGGUGCCGGGCCGGUGAAGAUGAGAAAUGGUGUGCGGCAGGUGGCAGUGAGGCCCCAGUCCGUGUUUGUGUCCCCGCCACCCAAGGACAACAACCUAUCAUGUGCCCUGCGGAGGAACGAGUCACUCACGGCCACUGACAGCCUCCGAGGAGUCCGCCGGAACUCCUCCUUCAGCACUGCCCGCUCCACUGCCGCAGAGGCCAAGGGCCGCCUGGCCGAACGGGCCGCCAGCCAGGGCUCAGACACACCUCUGCUGCCCGCCCAGCGCAACAGCAUCCCCGUGUCCCCCGUGCGCCCCAAGCCCAUCGAGAAGUCCCAGUUCAUCCACAACAACCUCAAAGAUGUGUAUGUCUCGAUUGCAGACUAUGAGGGGGAUGAGGAAACAGCGGGCUUCCAGGAGGGCGUGUCCAUGGAGGUCCUGGAGAGGAACCCCAAUGGCUGGUGGUACUGCCAGAUCCUGGAUGGGGUAAAGCCCUUCAAAGGCUGGGUGCCCUCCAACUACCUGGAGAAAAAGAACUAACAGGGAGUGUUGGUCCUCCCAGCCUCAGUGUGGAUGAGUCGUGAGAUGAAGACAAAAGGGAAAGGGAAAUGGGAGGGGGUGGGGGGAGGACAGCAUUAAACCCUGCAGAAUGUGUGACCUCAAAGAUGCCCCCCCUCCAGGCUGUCCUCCAGCUGGAAGGUAGGGUUUGGUGGGCCCACAUUGAACAGGGAAGGGAAUGGGCAGGGGAGCCCUGGGCCUGAGACCAGAGGUAAGAAAGCUGAACCCCAUGUGUACACCUUGGCGACUUUGCUGGUGGACUUGGUGCCAUUUGGGACAGGUCAUGUGGGAAACCCUGAAUUGUGCCUUGGCUGCAAAUCUGGAAAAGAUGUGGUUGUAGGGGCCUCCCGUGCCCUGCCCAUGCCUAGCCCAGUUGUGAUUGCUGGCAUCUUGCCAGCAGAGGUAGCUCUCAUAUCGUCCUAAUCUGUAUUUGUGAAUUGUGCUGGUUUCCCAGGCAUGGCCACCGCCUGCCACGGGGGGGUGUGGUGGAAGACACCACCAGCUCUGGGGCUUGGAGGCAUCUCCUGUGGGCUCAGCCCGUCCCUAGACCAGGCUGCUGUUCAGUGUCUGUUAAUUGAAGAAAAAGUAGUUGCCCAGGUGCCAGCAAGGACCACCUUUCUUAGCUGUCACUGCCCCUGGCCUUGAGGAGAGAGCCCGCCCUGCCCAGGGCACCCCACAAAGGACCACCAGCCCCAGAGUUUACAGAGAGGGUGGGCAAAGCCGUGAGUCUCUUCACGGACUUUAUUUUGGGUAUUUCUGGAUGGGCAGUUCCUUUGCAUGUUUUGGGAAAGGUUUAUUGAUUUGGGGCUUCUAUGUCGGGCCUUGGGUUUUGGUCUUAUUUUAGGGGUUGUUUGGGGGCCUGAAGAUGGUCAGCCUCACAGGAACAGGAUGGGUAGUGGAUGGGGAUGUUUCUGUCGUACACUCGUGGGGAGGUAGUUUCGUCUGUGUUUCACCUUCUUCCCCUUCACAAGGCAAAGUCGCUUCAUUUGGUUUCCACUGUGUGGACAGUACCUGAGCAUGGCCCUUGCUGGAGGGAUCGGGGGCUGGGGAAGCCCCAAGUCCCAAACACGGCAAAGCAGAGACACUGCUCUUCUGGUUCUUGCCCACCCUCAGCCGGGCAGAACCCUCCCCAGGAGGGAGGAGUGUGUUGUUCAGGAGAGAAGGCAGCCCCCGGGCUGCAGGGUGACCGCCGUUCUGCAUCCAUUCUCCCACCUGAGCAGGGCCGAAAGCCUUCCGCGCCUACUGUGGAGAAGCAGCCAUCACCCUCACCCUGGGCUGAUGAGACGCCAGCUGGGCAAACAGCACCAGCUGCCCCCCAGCCUGCAAGCGAUGCCACAGGUGCCCGAGAAGAUGGGAGAUCCCUGGGCCGGGAGCCAGCCCGGUCUUCCCAAGGGGCAGUGCCCCCACGGAGAGAGGAGCGAGAAUAAAGUUCCUGUCAAUUUUGGGUUGUCUUUGACUGUUGACGUUUCAGAGAGGACCCUCCAGAAGCUGAACUGGCUUCCCCAAGGACUCACCGUUUGCUGGGAGUGGUUUUCCACAUGUGCCUUUGAUUGCGGACAGAUCAGGCUUCACAGCCACCGAUUCAGCUGCCAGAAUCCUGGACUGAGGGUUGGUGUUUUCUACAAAGGAGGAAAGGCCCUCCACCCUUGCUCCCCACCAGGCAGUAUAUGUUGCCUAAAUAUGAGCACAGGACUCAGUGUCUCGUGCUGCAGUACCCCACCCGCCCCUGGACCCCCAAGGCCUUGACUGGGUAUCUCCCCCAGCCCUCCUCCCUCGCCAUACACUGAUGCCUGGCAGCUAUAGCAGACUGCUCGUGUUCUUUGUUGAAGGGCCGUGGUGAGAUUUUGUUUCCUUUUGUUUUGUUUGUGAGUUUGUUUAAAAUUGAAAUUAGUUAUUUUCUUCUGCUGGACAGUAUUAAAUAGAGCAGGAUGUUGAGUUAAUCUGCUAGAUUGCAGUACUAAUGGUAGUGGUUUAGUGUCUUCAUAUUAAUAUUAUUUGGACUUAUUUGAACAAUAAUGAUAAAGAAGUGGUUCAUUAUUUUUUAAUUAAUGCACUUUAAUAAGGUGGAAUGGAAAGAAACCCAGAGAGCAAAGUGCAUUACUUAAAGAUGCAGUAUAUACUUUUCUCAUUUUUAAGCAGCACAUAUUUAUUAAAAGAAAAAAAAAGUAAUUUAUGAUUAUUUAAAAUAAAAUUUAAAAGUAGAGUGCCUGUCAGGUUAAAGGACCUUCCAUGUAGCUAUCUUCCAGGGGGAGGGCCCCAGCGGCCUCGCUCCUCAAUGUCUGCACUGAGCCAGUUCAAUCAGCAACGUGCCAGCCAGGCCAGAAAGGAGUGCAGGACGCAUCUGCCAAGCACAGAGCAUCUCAGUCGGACUGGACCACAGUGCUCCCCAGAGCCUGCCUUUCCCUGUCCUUCCUCACUGUCUGCACUGCCCCGUGGGGCUCUCCACCACCCAUGAGGCCCACAUUCUCCCAGCCCCUUAAGGACCCUCCCUCCUUGAUCCCCAGUGCUCUAAGUGAUAGAGUCAUUAAAAGUGACCUCAAAGGUCGCUCCAUCCCAUCCCCUCCUGUUACUGCAGCCCAAGGACAGGAAAUGACUCCCCAAAUCACAUAGCUAGUUAAUGGCAGACCUCUGCACUGCAUCAAUCCUUGCACUCCUCCCCACCCCCGUUAUAGUUUAUUGUGUGGUCAUCAUGUUUACAUUGUGACAUCCAGCCCUAAGGAUGGCUGGGAGUUGCUCAGGCAUCCAGGAAAAGUGGGGAAUGCUGCCACCUGGUGACAGCAUAUAGAUUUGGGCAGUGAACAGGGAUUGCCAUGCCUCAUCUUCGCCCCUCGCCCCUCACCAUCACCCCCUAACUCACAGCACAGCACAAACCCUGCAAACCCAAAGAGAAUAUUAAUACUUGAAGCAAGAAGGGUGCACACCAGUCCCUCUCACACAUGGCCGGGGGGUGCCAGGCCUCAUGCCCCUGGACUCCUAGCCCUACCCAGGGCAAGAGGGCCUUUCCCUAGAGCUACUGAACUGCUUUGUGAUGUUGGAGGGUACUGCCGGCAGCCAGGGGAGGAGGGAGGGACCUGUGGCUCUGACCCAUCUGGAGGAAAACCAGAUUGGACUAAAAAAGGAAAAAGAAAAAUGGAAUCUCAGCAGUGUCCAAACCUAGUUUUCCAUUAGUUGUGAUUGAAAAUGUGAAAUGACAUUGUAUUGCUGUAUACUGCAACUUUAAUCAUAAUGAGCCCUUCUGAGGUCAUUAUUGAGGUUUAUAUAAUGCCCGAAGAUGCAUCAUUUGGUGCUUUUUCUUUAAGUUUAAAGACUUUUUUAUUACAAGGGAAAAAAAUGUCUUCAUCUCUCUCCCAUUUCGUAACGGCGGGCCUGGCCGGGCUCCCCGGCCCCACCAUGCUGUUCCCACUAAGCCAGGGGACCCUGGGGGCAGCAAGAGGGAGCUGGAAGGGGCACUCCUGAACAGCAGGUGUGCCAUCUGCCCCUGGCUCUGGCCGGGCCUUGCCUUGCCAGGCCUCAGCCCCAUCCACCCGCAGCCUGGCCUCACAGACUUCUCUUUCUUCCUCCUCAAUUCUCCAUCUUGACGAAGGCAUUAUAUAGAAUCGUUUUAAUCACUUUCAGAUGUUAGAGCAGCAUAUUUUACUGGCAUUUAUAUCCAUUGCUUUCCUCAGCAAGGCAUGUUACUACUUUUAUCAUCUAAGGAAAAAAGACAAGGGAAUUUCGGUCAAGCAUUAUUUUCAUAUUACUAGUACUUGCAGAGUAGGCGUAGAACUAUUUAAGUUUAGACUUUGGUUUGGUAGUUCGUUUUGUUUUUAAGG